AUGCACAGAAUCUGCUACAAGCCAAAUGCGAAGAUCGACUUUCGUGGAUACUCGGAUGCAGACUGGGCCGGUGACCUCGCUGAUCGCAAGUCGACGUCUGGUUACGUAUUCAUGCUUUUGGGUGCGCCAGUGAGUUGGGGCAGCAAGAAACAGCCAAGUGUUUCGUUGUCCACGAGUGAAGCCGAAUACAUCGCACUCAGCUUGGCGAUAUAA